AUGGAUAGGACGAGGGUGGAUAGGAGAGGGGUGGAUGAGGGAGAUAGGAGGGACAGUGAGGGUGGAGAGGAGAGGGGGACGGUGAGGGUGGAGAGGGGGACGUCUUGUGGUGUGUGUGUGCAUCCCGUCCCAGCCCCAGGCUUCCAGGCGUCUGGCUACAGCUUCCACAGCCAUGAGUGGAGGAACGCCAAGCCCAGCCAAGGCAGCCUGUCCCCCGUCAGCACCCGCCAGAGACACAACGUCCUGGCAGACCUGGGCCUCAGCGAUGACGAAUGGGACAGACCCACCGCCGGCGGAGCUUCUACACUGCCCACCGGUCUAAUCACUGACAGCAGGUUCACUGUGGGUCAUGACGGGACCGAGCCGGACCAGGAAGAGAACUUCUGGUCUCAGGCCCUGGAAGAUCUAGAGACCUGUGGCCAGUCUGGCAUCCUGAGGGAACUGGAGGCCACCAUUAUGUCAGGCAGCAGUCUGAGUCUGAACCAUGACCCUGCUCCUCUGAGGAGCCACCUGGGUCGGCAGGCCAGCUUCCAGGAGCGCAGUGCAGCCCGGCCUCAGUACAACCAGUCCUCGCGCUCCAACACCCUGCCCAGCGACGGGGGGCGCAAGGCCUUCGCCAUGAGGAAGAUGAAGCAGGAGAUGAAUGACGUCAUGUCGCCCACCCCCGUGGAGCUGCACAAGGUGAGUCUGUUGAAGGAGUCGGACCUUGAAGACUUUGGCUUCAGUGUGUCGGAUGGCCUCCUGGAGAAAGGUGUCUAUGUCAACAACAUCCGUCCAGGGGGACCUGCAGAGGUCGGGGGGCUGAAGUCCUACGACAGGCUGCUACAGAUCAACCACGUGAGGACCAGAGACUUCGACUGCUGUCUGGUGGUCCCUCUGAUCGCCGAGUCAGGAAACAAACUGGACCUGGUGAUCAGCAGGAACCCUGCUUCCUCCAGAACCGGGUCCCAGUCAGAACUGAACCAGCUACCCGCCGAGGAGCCUGUUAUCAACUGGACCGAGCCGGGGGACAGCCUCUCUGGCCCACCACCCAACCAGAACCACCAUUCCUUGUCCAGGAUGGCUGCUGGAAUCGGGGUGACUGGGAUCGGGGCGGCGCUGGCCGGGGCUGGGCUAGAUGAUAGAGACCCCACUAAGACCUUAUAGCAGACUGGAGGUCUGAAGGUCCAAGGCUCUAUCUUUCUGUCGAUCUAUCUGUCCCACUAAGACCUUAUAGCAGACUGGAGGUCUGAAGGCCCAAGGCUUUCUCUUUCUGUCUAUCUAUCUGUCCCCCUAAGACCUUAUAGCAGACUGGAGGUCUGAAGGCCCAAGGCUUUCUCUUUCUGUCUAUCUAUCUGUCCCCCUAAGACCUUAUAGCAGACUGGAGGUCUGAAGGCCCAAGGCUCUCUCUUUCUGUCUAUCUAUCUGUCCCAAUAAGACCUUAUAGCAGACUGGAGGUCUGAAGGCCCAAGGCUUUCUCUUUCUGUCUAUCUAUCUGUCCUACUAAGAACUUAUAGCAGACUGGAGGUCUGAAGGCCCAAGGCUCUCUCUUUCUGUCGAUCUAUCUGUCCCACUAAGACCUUAUAUCAGAGUGGUAGUCUGAAGGCCCAAGGCUCUCUCUUUCUGUCCCACUAAGACCUUAUAUCAGAGUGGUAGUCUGAAGGCCCAAGGCUCUCUCUCUCUGUCCCACUAAGACCUUAUAGCAGAGUGGUAGUCUGAAGGCCCAAGGCUCUCUCUUUCUGUCGAUCUAUCUGUCCCACUAAGACCUUAUAGCAGACUGGAGGUCUGAAGGCCCAAGGCUCUCUCUUUCUGUCGAUCUAUCUGUCCCACUAAGACCUUAUAGCAGACUGGAGGUCUGAAGGCCCAAGGCUCUCUCUCUCUCCCCUUCCCCUGUGAGUUGUCCUCCCCCUGGUGCUACUGUAGAAAACCACUCUGAUGAGACAGGGGGUCAAUCUAAAAUGGAGCCUUAUUGCACGUGUAGGGCACUACUUCUGUCCAGAACCUCUUUUGCAGGCUAACCCCUCACAGCUCUGGCUAAAAGUAGUGCACUACCUAGGGAAUAGGGUGCUAUUAAGGACACAGAUAGACAGACAGUGUUCCUAGGUGGACGGUGGGGUCCUGGGCCGCUAAGUCAAAGCACACUGACAAAAAUAAACUCCUUCCUCUGAGCCAGAGCAUGAGCCACAAUCACAAGAGGUUUCCUCCUCUUCCUCCCUCACACUGGGGACUAUUGAGUACGGUACGCACCACUACCCAAGGACUACAAAGAACUACGAAGAUGGAGGCGAACUACAAAGAUGGAGGGCAACGUCGACCACACUGACCUCUUGGAAAAUACCUGAGACAAAAAUAAUAACAGCGAUGAACUGAAACAAUAGUGCCAUCCGACCGAUCCUCUCCUUUUUCUUACUGCUGCUGGACAAUAAAACAGUAACACAGUUCGUGUUGUUUAAAACAAAACAAAAGACAAAAGAAAACACAAUAACAUUUGCUGAAAUGUUUACAUGUGAUGCUGGACUGGCCACUCUGUACGUGUGUGUUUGUGUUGCUGCACCACUGCUGUGUACAAACCCUCUAUCUAGUUAUUCUAGGGAGUCCUUCCUUCCCUCCUCUCUCUCUCGUUCACACUUGGCUUCGCUCUGUCCUCUCUGUCCUCCUUCAUCUGUCAUACCUGGGUCUCACUAGCUCUCUGUCCUCAUUCAUCGGUCAUACCUGGGUCUCACUAGCUCUCUGUCCUCCUUCAUCUGUCAUACCUGGGUCUCACUAGCUCUCUGUCCUCCUUGUCCUCCUUCAUCUGUCAUACCUGGGUCUCACUAGCUCUCUGUCCUCCUUCAUCUGUCAUACCUGGGUCUCACUAGCUCUCUGUCCUCCUUCAUCUGUCAUACCUGGGUCUCACUAGCUCUCUGUCCUCCUUCAUCUGUCAUACCUGGGUCUCACUAGCUCUCUGUCCUCCUUCAUCUGUCAUACCUGGGUCUCACUAGCUCUCUGUCCUCCUUCAUCUGUCAUACCUGGGUCUCACUAGCUCUCUGUCCUCCUUCAUCUGUCAUACCUGGGUCUCACUAGCUCUCUGUCCUCCUUCAUCUGUCAUACCUGGGUCUCACUAGCUCUCUGUCCUCCUUCAUCUGUCAUA